ACUAUUAUUGAUGCAUUAUCAGAACAGAAACGUUUUUACAAAUUGUUGGUAACUUUACAAAACACCAGACUCAUUCCUCUAAUAAAUCAUUUGAAGACUGCGACCUUUUUUGCUCCUGACAAUAAGGCAUUUAAAGGCCUUGAUAUUAAGGAUAUCACCAGGGAUCAAAUGCUUUAUCAUAUUUUAUAUAAAGAGAUCAAGAAAGAAGGAUUUAAAAAUGAAGAAUUGUUAGUAACUCAGCUAGAUUUGGGAGAAAAACUGGGUGGUGAGAACAUUGGUCAAAGACUUAAUAUCGAGAUAGAUGAAAAAAAUACAUAUUUUGUUGGAAAUGCAAAAAUCACAGAAUUUGAUUUACAAUCAGAUAAUGGUAUUAUUCAUGUUGUAUCUGAGUUAUUAAUCCCACCAAAAGAUAUAUUUACAACAUUAUCUCUGAUUGCUGAAACAAAUCUAUUUACUGAUUAUCUUAAAAUGAAAGGAUUAGACAGAGUUCUUAAAGAUAAAAAUCACACAACAGUGUUUGUACCUACAAAUGAUGCUAUAAACCAUCAACUUAAAUAUUUCCAGAAAAAUUAUUUAACAUCAGAAUGUGGUGGAGGACUUAAUGAUUUGGAUCUUUUGGUGAAGUAUUUAUUAAGUUAUAGUAAAGUUUUAUAUACUGAAAGUAUUCAAGAUGGUGAAUCAGAAGUUGAUACAGUUCAAGGUGAAAAAUUAAAGAUAUCACGUAAUCAAAAUGAUAUUUAUGUUGGUAAUGGUUUAAUUUUACGUAAAAAUUUGUUGGCAGAAAAUGGUGUAAUACAUGUUCUUAAUAAUUUAUCAUUACCAAAUGCAUUAUACUUUACAAAGCAUAAAUAUCUUUGUGGUUUAAAUGCAUCAAUAUUUGCAGAUUCAAUAAUUGAAAACCAUUUGGAAAAAUAUAUUGAUGAACUAACAACACAACCUUUUACAAUUUUAGCACCGGGCAAUGAUGUAUUUUAUAUUGAUCCAAACACCAACAAAAAUAACACAAAAGAAAUUUUAAAAUAUCAUUUCUUGAAUGGAAAAUACACAAUAAAUAAUUUAACAAAUAAAAUGUUGAUAAAAACUGAAUUGAUAACUGAAAGAUUGAACAAUCAAAAUCAAAGGAUAAAAGUUCCUUCUUCAUCCAUCAUCAAAUUUAAUAAUGCAAUUGUGAUUGAUAAACAUGAACCAGUGGAAAUUGAUAAUUCAAUAAUUUAUAUGAUUUCAGAAGUUGAAAAGUUACCAGUUGACAUUAUGAAAACUAUAAUACAAAACAAACAACUAUCAGCAUUUGUCUUGUCAAUGUCAGCAAGUGAAAAGUUAAAUUCUAUUUUAGAUGCUAAAGGAAUCACUGUGUUUGCACCUAUAAAUAGUGGUUUUACAAAAUUAGGCUUGAUAAAUCAUUAUUUGUUAACUUCAAAAGGACAAGCUGAUUUAGAUUUGAUGGUUGGGUAUCAUGUUCUUGAUAAAAUUUUGUAUUUUGAAGAUAUACCUGAAGGUGAAUCAAUACAUUACACAAUUGAAGGUAAUGAACUUAAAAUUAUAAAGCAGGGAACUGAUGUAUACAUUGAAGAUGGUCACAGCGCUACUACUUCUGUUUCAGUUAUUACCAGUAGUAACAAUUUAAUUUCAAAUGGUGUUAUGCAUGUAAUUGAUAAUGUAUUGUUACCACCAUCAUUAAUUGUCACAGUGAAAAAAUUGCUUAUAGGAGCUGAUGCAGAUGUUAUGUUAGAACUGAUAAAAGUGGCAAAUCUCACAGAACUUAUAUUAGACUCAAAUGAGACAUACACUAUUUUGUCACCAACAGAUAAAGCAUUUAUUGAAAUGAAUUUUACAAAAUUGCUUGAUGAUGCUGAAAGAGUAGCACGUUUAUUGCUACUGCAUAUUAUUCCUGGAGAAAUUGAGGAUCUUCGAGAAGGUAAAGAACUUCAAACAUUACUAUCCAAUGAUGCUAAACUUGUGGUUAGAAAAGAUAUUUUCAAAGGUGGUUAUAUGUUGGAGGUGAAAGGACACUGGAGUUUUAUGGACAAGGCAGGUAUACUAAAUAGUGGUAAAGCUAGGAAUAAUGGGUCAGUUUAUUUGGUUGAUAAGGUUCUAUUGCCUGAACAUGUAUCAGAAGAACCCAUUGGUAAAACUUUUCUUGGAUUUGUUAUUGGAUUAUUAUUGUUUAGUUUUGUUGGUAGUUCUGGUGCGUAUGGGUGGGCAUGGAUACUACACUGGAGAAAUCUUGGGCAUGAACUUAAUCCUUUGUUAUGGUGGAGACGUUGGAGAGAUGGAAAGUAG